GGGAGCGAGCGCGAGGGUUCCACUGCCACGCCCACCUGGCUCGCGGCGAGGGCGGGGCAUGGACUGGAUCAUGGAUUUUCCUGGGCACUUUGAGCAAAUCUUCCAGCAACUGAAUUAUCAACGGCUCCACGGCCAACUUUGCGACUGUGUGAUUGUAGUCGGGAACAGGCACUUCAAGGCGCACCGAUCGGUGUUGGCAGCAUGCAGCACGCACUUUCGAGCCCUUUUCACGGUAGCAGAAGGAGAUCAGACCAUGAACAUGAUCCAGUUGGACAGCGAGGUGGUGACGGCCGAGGCCUUCGCCGCCCUCAUUGAUAUGAUGUACACCUCCACCCUUAUGCUCGGAGAGAGUAACGUUAUGGAUGUGUUGCUGGCGGCUUCUCACCUCCACUUGAACUCUGUGGUGAAAGCGUGCAAACACUACCUGACCACAAGGACGCUACCAAUGUCGCCACCGAGUGAUAGGGUUCAAGAGCAGAACGCCCGCAUGCAGCGGUCCUUCAUGCUUCAGCAGCUUGGACUCAGCAUAGUGAGCUCUGCCUUAAACUCCACCCAAAGCACAGAGGAUCAGACGAAUUCUAUGAGUUCAUCAAUCCGCGGUAACAUAGAGCAGCGGAGUACAUUUCCAAUACGACGCCUACAUAAGCGCAAACAGUCUUCUGAAGAAAGGGUUAGACAGCGCAUCAGACCUUCCAUGGAUGACUCCAUGAUGUCCGAUGUUACUCCAGAGAGUGCCCAGGCGGUGGUACAUUCGCGAGAUGAAUUUUUUUCCCCAGACUCCUUGAAAAUUGUAGACAAUUCUAAGCCAGACGGUGUAACCGACAACCAAGAAGAUAACACUAUUAUGUUUGACCAGUCCUUCGGUGCUCAAGAAGAUGCCCAGGUGCCCAGUCAGUCGGACAACGGUGGGGGGAAUAUUUCCCAGAUGUCCAUGGCAUCACAGGCAACUCAAGUUGAAACUAGCUUUGACCAGGAGACCGGUGGCCAGAAAAAUAACUUUCAGUGCGAGAACACCGAGGUUGGUCUAAGUGAAAAAGAUCACAUGAGAGUGGUGGUGAAAUCUGAGCCUUUGAGUUCCCCAGAGCCCCAAGACGAAGUGAGCGAUGUGACUUCCCAAGCCGAGGGAAGUGAAUCAGUGGAAGUGGAAGGGGGAGGAGUAAGCGCCGAAAAGAUAGAACUGAGCCCAGAGAGUAGCGACCGUAGCUUUUCGGAUCCCCAGUCCAGCACGGAUAGGGUGGGAGACAUCCAUAUCAUGGAAGUCACAAAUAACCUGGAGCACAAGUCCACAUUCAGUAUUUCAAAUUUCCUGAACAAGAGCAGAGCCAGCAGCUUUGGGGCUAGCCAGAACGAGGACAACAUUCCCAACACAACGAGUGACUGCAGAAUGGAUGGGGAUGCCUCUUAUUUAAUGAGCCCAGAGUCUGGGCCUGGUAACAGUCAUUCCUCCGCUACAGUCUCUCACGUGGAAAACCCGUUCGGUGAGAGCGCAGACUCUCAUUUUGUCAGGCCCAUGCAGGACGUCAUGGGUCUGCCUUGCGUACAGACGUCUGGCUACCGGGGAGCGGAACAGUUUGGGAUGGAAUUCCCGAGAUCUGGCUUGGGGUUGCAUUCCUUAUCAAGAGCCGUGAUGGGCUCUUCCAGGGGCGGAGCGGGCGGCUUCCCUAGCUACCGCCGCAUAGCUCCCAAAAUGCCCGUCGUGACCUCGGUUCGGAGCUCUCAGUUACCGGACAACGCUCCUAAUUCUCAGCUGCUAAUGAACGGCGCCACUUCCUCUUUUGAAAACGGGCAUCCUUCACAGCCGGGCCCACCCCAGCUGACCCGGGCGUCUGCUGACGUCCUUUCAAAAUGCAAGAAGGCCUUAUCAGAACACAACGUCUUGGUGGUAGAAGGCGCACGCAAGUAUGCGUGCAAAAUCUGCUGCAAGACGUUUCUCACCUUAACAGACUGCAAGAAGCACAUCCGUGUGCACACAGGAGAGAAACCGUAUGCCUGUUUAAAGUGUGGCAAAAGGUUUAGCCAGUCGAGCCAUUUGUAUAAACAUUCCAAGACUACUUGCCUUCGCUGGCAAAGCAGCAAUCUACCCAGCACUUUGCUUUAACUCCUUCCCUUAAUCUCAUGAUGCCAAUACAGAUUUUAAUAAUGCAUGGAACACAAAAAAGUGAACACUUAAAAGUGUGAUUGUGCCACACACACAAAAAAAAGGCUUAGCUCUUUUUAAUACCUGUACCAUACCUACCUCACAGGGGUGUUGUGAGGCUUAAACAACUUUUUAAGUAGUAGCGCUUUGAAAUUCUCCAGCUCUG